GAUUUCAGGGCCAAAUGUCUGAGCUGAGGCGUGAUGAAACCUGCAGCACCUGGACGCAGCACAGGGAAUCUAGCUCUGCAGACUUUCAUGAGGUAUGAGAAAGCAGCACCUGAACGCAGCACAGUUAAUUUGGCUCUGGCAGACUCUCAGAAAGCAGCACCUGAACGCAGCACGGUGAAUCUGGCUCUGCAGACUCUCAGCAGAACAUGAUCAUCAGACUCAGUAGGCCUAUGUGAGAAAUCGCGUUCAUGUUUUUAUCUGAAGACAUAAUUGGGAAAGGCAUUCAUAACUUCUGUCUACUAUAGGUAGGCCUACUGAAAAAAGCACUACUAAAUCUGUAUCUGCACAGAAACACAGAAAUGUGCUCAAACUAUUGUGUAUAUUAAUACAAUAAUACAUUGUAUACUUGUGAAUGAACAAUACUUUUAUUGUAAAAGGCACACUGUAAAGUAAACAAUUGGUGGAAUAGGCAAACAUGUUCCAACAAUGUUUGCAGCAAGCUCUAUAAUGCAUGCUAUAACCUUUUAACACUGUAAUACAAUUUGACAGUUUUUUCAUUUAAAGACAACAUUUUGAAAUGUAAAUUGGGUAAAUGCAUGACUCUGAAGUAGUGUGAUGCUGCUUCUCUUCUGUAACUGACACACUGACUGACGUUUUAUAUCAGUCACUGUGUGUUUCUCCUCUGCUCUGAGACUCCCUCUCCCCCCUCGCUCCGUGCUAAACUAAAGUUUGGAGCUGCCGCCGGCUGGUCUUCAUUGUGCUGCUGGUGCACAGAAUAGGAAACACACGGAGGAGUAAAAAUAGAUUCUCUCUCGGUCUGGAGUGAUGUUUGAAAAGACUGCUGGGUCAUAAGGACGGGCGAGAUGUUGCAGAGGGUUUCGACUGUUGGCUUUUACCUUCUGCAUUAGGACAAGUAGCCUGAAGUUCCACUCUUCUUCCUCCCAAUAAAUGAACGAUGAAGAAGAUGAUGAUCCAGGCCUCCUGUAGGAAGGGUCUGCAGGUGUGUUUGUACUUACUGAUGGUGGGAAGAUUACAGGGCCGGGUAACAGCACCUGAGCGUCUGGAAGCUCCAGUGGAGAAGCCCUUCACUCUCACUUGCAGCGUUGUGAGGGACCGAGGAGAGACUCUAAGGCAGGUGCGUUGGCUGGAUGGCCAGAACCAGACCCUUCUGAGCUACCAGCCUGGUGACAAAGACAGUGUGAGUGGACAGCAGUAUGUGGAGCUGGCCGUCUCUCCGAAAGACACCUCGGCUAUCAUCAUCCGAAGGGUGGGCUUUCGUGACGAAGGCUGCUACACCUGCAUCUUCGACAUGCAUCCUUCUGGUUCAAAACAGGGCCAGACGUGCCUCACUGUGACCGCGCAUAUUUCCACUGAAGGCAACAAAACAGCAGUGAGUGGCAAGAAGGCCUCUCUCUCGUGCUCCUAUGGAUUGCCUGAAAAGGUGGGGCAGAUAAUAUGGAGACACACCUCUGCACAAGGAGAAGCCACAGAGGUCGCCUCCUUUGCAAAGCGCAGUGACCCCAUGAUAGAGCCUCCGUUCCAGGGGAGAGUGUGGCUGAGCGCCUCCCUGUCCGACAGUCAGCUCACCAUCCAGCCGGUCACCAUCCAGGAUGAAGGCUGCUAUACCUGCCUGUUCAACACACACCCCGAUGGGCCGAAGACCUCCACAGUUUGUCUCGCCACCUAUGUGCUGCCCAAACCUCAGGUGAGCUACAAGACCACGUCUCCAGGUGUGAUCGCAGCCAACUGCACCUCAGUGUCGCGGCCCCCGGCAGAGAUAGUGUGGAACGUGGAGAGGGAUAACCGCACCAUGGGCCCCCCGUUGACAACACAGAUCCCACAGAGCGACGGGACCACUCUGGUCAUAAGUACGCUGACCGUCCAAUCAGGGCUGCUGAAAGACGUGUCCAUCAAAUGCUUGGUGCACCACAAAGGGCUUGAGUCCCCGAUUGCUGUAUCCAUGAACACUAAAAUUGGGACGGCUCUCACUAUCCUGAUCUCCGUCACUACGGUGGCUGCCCUGUUGGUCAUGUCCCUCUGCUUCUGCCUUUGGAAGUGUUUCUUACGCAAAGAAGCCGAUUAAUCUACAAGAUGAGACCAGUGGCUGAAAAGAAAAGGCAGUGUUUUUCAGAGCCGACCUUGCAGAAACGUUUCCCUGCAUCAUCAUCAUCAUCAUCAUCAUCGUCGUCGCCGUCAUCAUCAUUAUCUAGGUACGAAGGAAAGAUGUCCUGACACACCUUUAUAGGAUGUCAUAUACAAUCCUACUCAUGAACGCCAACUGUACAACGACAUUCAUCUCUGCUCUUCCGCAUCUGACUCUUAUAUAAUCUCCAGGCUGUCCUCACAUGAAGUCAAUGAGGAAAUGCUAAGCAGAUAACUUUUUCUCUCUGGCUCUGUAAUUGAUUGAGUCCAUGACCACACUCUGCACAUUGCACAGCAUACAAAACAUUGCAUGUCCCUAAAAUACUUUCCUCUAUUUUUCUUUUUCUUUUACGUAGUCCUGAAAAGAUAUGGUUGGUAUUGUUCUAUUUUUUCUUAUUCAACAAUAAGACUAAAACCAACAAUGAAUUGAUUCUACUACUAAAAGUCUGAAAUAUCAUACCCCUGCAUUGUUGCCUAAAAACUAUUAAAACAAAAAUACUGAGCAA